AUGGACGCAAACAGCCUUCCACCUGGCGUAGCGGAACAGAACCAAGGUCCUGCGGUGAUAGCGUCGAUAUCCUCCAUUCUCUUCGUAGCCACGCUGUUCGUCAUCGCGCGACUCUACAGCAAGACGCGCAUCCAGAAACAGUUGCACCUCGAAGACUAUUUGAUCGUAUUAUCUCUGCUCCUCGGCUGGACCUCAACCGCCUUCGGCAUCGUCGCCGUGCACUACGGCAACGGCCUACACCUGGCCAGCAUCCCGCCCGAAGACCGCAGCCCGGCCAUCUUCUGGACCAUCGCCAGUUUCUGCCCGGGCAUCUUUUCGUCCGGGAUCCCAAAGUUGGCUGUCGCGUCGUUGCUGUGCCGCAUUAUGUGUCCGAGUCGGCCACACCGAGUUUUGCUCUGGUCGCUGGGGAUAGUCUCCUGCAUCAGCCUCGUGGGCUGCGUCGUCUUGAUUUAUGCUCGGUGUUCGCCAGUGAGCAGGGGUUGGGAUAAGGAGGUGGCGGGGACGUGCAUGGAUAUGAGGAUUGUGGUGAAUUAUUCGAUUAUGGCUGGUGCUAUAUCCGCCUUCGUCGACUUGUACCUCGCCGUCUAUCCGACUGUGGUACUGUACCGCCUGCAAAUCAACCGGAAGAAGAAGAUUGUACUCAGCUUUGCGCUUGGCGUUGGCUUCGUCUCGGCUAUCAUGGCCACUUACAAGACGACCCGCCUCCCUUCUAUAAUGAGUGCCGACUUUACGUAUGGCACAUCCGACCUCGUCAUUUGUACAUGCAUCGAAGGCAGCACCGUAAUAAUCGCCUCCUGCAUCCCCGUCCUACGCCCGCUACUCGCCAAACUCGUCGGGCACGACGCCCCGCACCUUGUCUCACCGUCGCAGAUACAAAAACCGUGCAUCGAGACGCUGGGCGGCACGGAUGUAGAAAAGCAGGGGCAGAGACAACCGAGGGAGCUAACACUCCCAGAGAAUCUCGGUGAGGCACAGCCGACGCCGGUGGAAGGCGGGCUGAAGAGGGGGGCUAGUCGGGUUUUCUCCGAGGUGUUGGCUUCACAUGAUUAAGCUGGAGAAAAUGCGGUGAAGGGGAUGCUAGGAUGGCUUAGUGAAGUCAUGUUUGAAGCAAUCCGAGGAAAUCAACACUGCGGUUACAAGUCUGCCAAUAUCUGCGGAAAUUCAGCACGUCAGACGGAA